GCAUCGGGCCCCCAGGAGGGGCGACAGGCAUCGGGCCCCCAGGCGGAGCGGCGGGCGCCGGACCCCCAGAUGGAGCGACAGGUCGGGCCCCCAGGCGGAGCGGCGGGCGCCGGACCCCCAAGUGGAGCGACAGGUCUCGGGCCCUCAGGCGGAGCGGCGGGCGCCGGACCCCCAGGUGGAGCGAAAGGUCUCGGGCCCUCAGGCGGAGCGGCGGGCGCCGGACCCCCAGAUGGAGCGACAGGUCUCGGGCCCUCAGGCGGAGCGGCGGGCGCCGGACCCCCAGGUGGAGCGACAGGUCUCGGGCCCUCAGGCGGAGCGGCGGGCGCCGGACCCCCAGGUGGAGCGACAGGUCUCGGGCCCUCAGGCGGAGCGGCGGGCGCCGGACCCCCAGAUGGAGCGACAGGUCUCGGGCCCUCAGGCGGAGCGGCGGGCGCCGGACCCCCAGAUGGAGCGACAGGUCUCGGGCCCUCAGGCGGAGCGGCGGGCGCCGGACCC